AUGCGUUUUCGAAAUGUGCUGGUGUCUUUGGCAUUAGCUUCUACUACUCUAGCAGCCCCGAAGGCCCUCCCUCAGUCUGUCCAUUCAGUGUCUAAGAGAUGUACAAAUUCUGCGACUUAUCGUGCUUGUUGGGGAGACUAUGAUCUUUCGACAAAUUAUUACGAUGUCGUGCCAGAUACUGGCGUCAUCCGGGAAUACUGGUUUAGUAUCGAGAACAUCACUUGUGCCCCUGACGGCGUCUCGCGUGUUUGUCUUGCAGUUAACGGCACUAUACCUGGCCCAACCAUCAUUGCUGGUUGGGGUGACACCAUUGUGAUCCAUGCUACCAAUAAUAUGGAAAACAAUGGAUCCAGUAUCAAUUUCCACGGUAUUCGCCAGAACUAUACGAACCUGAUGGAUGGUGUUCCUUCAGUCACACAAUGCCCAAUCGCCCCCGGCACCACCUACACCUACACGUGGAGAGCGACCCAAUAUGGCUCUUCAUGGUAUCACUCUCAUUUUUAUGUUCAAGCAUGGGAUGGUAUUUUCGGAGGAAUCCAUAUCAAUGGACCAGCUACUGCGAACUACGACGUUGAUGCGGGAACUUUAACCCUGGGCGACUGGUCUCACUUGACGGCAGAUGUAGAAAUGGUCUCAGCAAUUCAAAACGGACCGCCUACUCUCUCUAAUGGUCUGAUCAAUGGCACAAACACUUGGAAUGAGUCCGACGGAACUGUCAUUGGCUCACGUUUCGAAAUGGAUGUCGUUGCUGGGCAAUCCUAUCGUCUUCGAAUUAUCAAUGUAGCGGCUGACUCGCAAAUCAAAUUUUCAAUUGAUAACCAUACUCUGGAGGUCAUUUCAACCGACUUUGUCCCUAUUGUUCCGUAUAGCACGGACGUGGUUUCUAUUAGCAUAGGCCAAAGAUAUGAUGUUGUCUUUACUGCCAACGCGACAGCAGAUAACUACUGGCUACGAGCUGUCAUACAAACUGCUUGCAGCGACAAUGAGUACCCGGAUAAUGUCUUAGGUAUAAUUCGGUACGAUGCAGACUCAACAGAUGACCCGACUUCGAGUGGUACAGACGCCGCUGUAACCAAUGGUCUUACCUGCGAAGAUGAAGAUGCUUCUCUACUUGUUCCAUAUCUCGCUAUUGUUGCUUCGGACGAACCAGAUUACUCUGACGACUUUGCGGUCCAACUUGUAGAGGCGUCCGUUGGUGGAUUGUGGGAAAUGGGUAAUAGCUCAUUCUUCAACUAUUGGGACUAUCCGACAGUGCUUCAAGCUUACGAAGGCAACGACACUUGGACUGAUGGACAGCAAGUGUACGCUUUCCCUGAUGCGGAUCGAUGGGUCUACUUCAUCAUUCAAACUACCAAUGCACAACCACAUCCGCUACAUCUCCAUGGCCACGAUUUUUGGGUGAUCGGGCAGGGGACUGGAACGUAUGACUCUGCCACUGCAAAUUUGACCCUCGUCAACACCCCUCGAAGAGAUGUCGCGCUACUCCCGGGAGAUGGAUAUCUCGUCAUUGCAUUCUACACUGACAAUCCGGGUGCUUGGUUGAUGCAUUGCCACAUUGCUUGGCACACCACGGAAGGUCUAGCUAUUCAACUCCUGGAGCGAGAGGCAGACUUCGUACCUCUUAUUGACGAUACGAUUUUGAACUCUACUUGCGCUUCUUGGGAUGCUUACACACCUGAAUCGGUGGACGACAGUGUCCAAGCAUCUCCAGUGUACGACAAUGGUAUUUAAACUUUGCAAUGCGCUCUCGGAGCAGAUGCGUUGCUCGCAGAACCGACAGAGGGUAUGGAGGCGCGGAGUAAUGGGACG